AUGGAAAUUGUUUUUAACACACAAAAAAUGGAUGACCAAGGUUUAUUGUUUUUCAAAGUGUUUAGAAAUAAAUAUAUUAAUAAGAUUUUAUUUGAAAAAAUCAAACAAUCAAAUAGACAAUUAUAUUAUACAACAUAUAGUUUUUAUGAUUUCCCUUUAGAAUUAGUUAUAAAAAUACAAAAUCAACAGGUUUUUAAAGAGAAAUUAAAUCUUUUUAAAUUAUUUAAAAAUAAUAUCGAAAGUUCCAAAUUUAAUAAUAAUAAUAAUGGUUUUAUUUAUAAUAAUAAUAAUAAUAAUAAUAAUAAUAAUAAUAAUAAUAAUAAUAAUAAUAAUAAUAAUAAUAAUAAUAAUAAUAAUAAAAUUGAAAUUAAAAGAGCAUAUAGAUGUUAUAUAGAUUUUAAAAUUGAAUUAUUUGAAUUAAUAUUAGUAUGGAAAGAAUUGGAAAUUAAUUUAUUUAUUGAAUUUUUUAAUUUAUUUAAAAAAGAAAUUGAAAAGGGAUUAAAACAAUUUUCAAAAGAGAUUUUUAAAAAUUUACUUGAAAAAUCAUCAAAAAAUGAAUAUAAUGAUUUAAAUUUAAAAAUCAUUGAUUAUUUAUUUAAAGAAAUGCCACAAUUAACAUCUAAAUUUAUUAUGGAAAUUCAUUAUAAAACAAUCGAUUCACCAAUUGAAUCAUUUUCAAAAUUAUUAAAUAAUUUAAAAAAAGAAUCAAUAAUUGAAUAUAAAGAAUAUUUAGGUGGCGAUAUUAAAUAUUCAAAUGGUGAUGAUUUCUUUAAACUUGCAAAUAGUCAUCUUUAUGAAAUCAUUUUUAAAGAUGAUGAAAAGAGUCAAAAUCAAUUUUACUCAAAAGUAUUAUCAAAAUUUCCUAAAAUUAAAAAAUCAAUUCCAAAUCAAAAAUCACCAUUUAUUAACUUGUUUGAAAAAUUAAUUCAAAGAAAUAAUCUCAAAUUGUUGAAAUCAAUUUUUAAAAAAUUAAAUAACUUUAAUGUGUCAGAGAAUGUGGAUGAAGUUAUGAUACCAAUUUUUAAAUUUAAAAUUUCAAGUUAUUUUCUUAUUCCCAUAAACACUGAAUUAUUUAAUAUUCCAACUACUCAAGAUUCUGAAAUUAUGCAAUUAUUUAGUGCAAUCAUACAAUCUAAAUUACUUCCAAAUAAAUCAUACCCAUUUAAAACAAGUAUCACAUUAAUUAUCAAUGGUCCAGAUUAUUAUGAUUUCAUAUUAUUAAAUCAUGGUCAUAAUUCUAGUUUUAAAAUUAAAUCAACAUGCUUAAGAUCUUCAACAUCAAAUAAUAAUAAUAGUAAUAAUAAUAAUAAUAAUAAUAAUAAUAAUAAUAAUAAUAAUAAUAAUAAUAAAAAUAACAACAAUAAUAAUGAAAAUAUUUUAAAUAAUUAUAUGGAUAUUGAAUAUUAUAAAAGUAGUAUUUUUAAUGAAAAUUUAAUUUGGUUUGAUGUUUAUUUUGAAAAGUUUGGUUUUGGUAUAACAAGAUUAAAAGAUAUUAUUCAAUUAGGUUAUAACGAAAUGAUAAAUCAUAUAUUUAAAAAAGGAUAUUAUAAAUUUAUAGAUUUUAAUAAUAAUAAUAAUAAUAAUAAUAAUAAUAAUAAUAAUAAUAAUAAUAAUAAUAAUGAUUUAUUAUUAGAUUUGUUUAUGACAUUAUUAUUAUCAAGUUCACUACCGCUACCACUACCACCACCACUACAAUUACUAAUUAAUUAUAUAUUACCAAUGGUAAAUGAUAUUUUUAAAUCAAAACAAAGAGAAUUCUUUCUCAACGAAUCAAUACCAAUUGAUAGAUUAAAAAGAACUGAAUAUUUUAAAAUUAUUCAAAGAAUUCAAGGAUAUCAUGAAAUGAAAUUAAAUAAUGAUAUGGAAAUAUUAAAAAAUUCAAAUUUAAAUUCUAAUAAUAUUAAUAAAAAAUUUCAAAUUCAUAAUUUAAAGAAAAGAAUAAAUCAAUUUGAAAAUAAUCAUUUUCGUAAUUUACUAAUUUUCAGUUUAAAAAGUACAAAUUUUAAAUUAAUUUCAAAAUCUGUUAAAUUAAUGAAAAAUAGUAGUGGUGGUGGUAGUGGUGGUGGCAGUGGUGGUAGAGGUAGAGUUUUCAAUUAUCAAUUACCAUUUAAAUCAACAAAAGAUAUUAACUUUUUAAUUGAUAUUAUUUUUCAAAAAAGUUUAAUUGGAGAAUUCCAAAUUUUCGAUUUAUCAUUUGGUGUAAAUCAAUUCAAUAAUUUCAAUUUAUUUAAUUAUAUUCCUUUAAAAGUUAUAGAUACUUGUACUACCACCACAAUUUCAUCAAUUGAAUUUUAUUUUAGAGUAAUUAAAAAAAUUAAAGAAUCUGAAAUUAAUUAUUUAAAUACUCAUGGAUUCAAAAUGAAAAUUAAUUUAUAUCAAAAUCAAGAAUUGGUUGAAAAAUAUUUUCACAUUCAUUGUAAACCACAAAAUUCACAUAUUUUAAAUUGUUUACAAUGUUUUGGUCUUUUUGAUUUCAUUGAUUAUUCAAAUCUUACUAGGUGUGAUAUUCUUUGUGGAUUAUCUAGUAUUAAAAUGUAG